GAAGAGACCCGCAGAAAUUCAUCAAAGGAAUAAGGGUCGUUCUUUUCUGCACGAACAAAGAUGUAAGGGUGCGCAUCCAAGAUAGGUUGAAUUAAUUCUUCAUAAUCAUCCUUCAAAUCGUUCUACAGAAAUCAUAAGGAUAUGAGGACAUUGCUGCAAAACAGAAAGCCGAGACAAGAACUUACCAAGUCAUUUUCAAGAGCGGCUGCCAUUUCUGUUCCUUUCAAUAAUGCCUUUUCCUCUUGCGUCCAAAAGACAGGAAUAUCCGCACCUUUUUCAGGAAGUGAUUGGAGAUAUCCAUACCAAGGGGAGUGUUCCUUAAUAGCAAGCUCGUACAAUACGGCUAAGGCAAGAGGGCAGCCGCCUUCAAGGUUUGCUUCAUCCAAAAUAUUAGCAAUUCCAGUAGACUUGAUAGAGAGAAUACAUUCUUUGGGAAUUUUGACGACUAAAAUUGAGAGGUUCAUAAUGAGUCUUGAUUCGACGUUACAAAAAAAAAGCCCAGCGAAGUAUUAUAGUUCGUUAACUUACCAGCUUUGCCCUUUCUCAUAUUCUUCUUGGCAAAGACACCAAAGGAAUCGUUCAAAUCCCUGACUUCUAAAGUAUCUUUAUUCCAUUGAAUUUUAUUGUCAUCGAACCAUUGCAGUAGGAUUUCUAACUUUUUUUCGUUCGACAUGACUAAUCGAUCUAUGAAAGGGGCAAUGGCAGAUCGUCUUAGUCAAAAAAUUUUCCAAGAAGUGAACCCUUUUUUUUUGGUUUUUUUUUUUGG